AAUGAGCUGGAGCUUCCUCACGCGGCUGCUGGAGGAGAUCCACAACCACUCCACCUUCGUGGGGAAGCUGUGGCUCACCGUGCUUGUCGUCUUCCGCAUCGUCCUCACCGCCGUCGGGGGAGAGUCCAUCUACUAUGACGAGCAGAGCAAGUUCGUCUGCAACUCGGGCCAGCCGGGCUGCGAGAAUGUCUGCUAUGACGCCUUCGCGCCGCUAUCGCACGUCCGCUUCUGGGUCUUCCAGAUCAUCCUGGUGGCCAUGCCAUCUCUCAUGUACAUGGGCUACGCCGUCAACAAGAUCGCCCGGCUGGACGAGGACAAGGGCGGGGGAGGGUUGGCCACUGAGACAGUGGGAGGGGAUGGAGGGGGCUACACCCACCGGAGGCCCAGGAAGAUCUGCUUUGGGGCACGUCAGCACCGGGGCAUAGAGGAGGACCAGGACCAGGACCAAGAGGAUGACCCUAUGAUCUACGAGGUGCCUGAGCCUGAGCCUCCUCGCCGGGUCGACCCGCUGGCCCCGCGGCCCAAGCCCAAGGUACGCCAUGACGGGCGGCGGCGUAUCCAGGGUGAUGGGCUGAUGCGUAUCUACGUGCUGCAGCUGGUGACUCGCACGGCGCUGGAGGCAGGCUUCCUGGCGGGCCAGUACCUGCUGUAUGGCUUCCGUGUGAUUCCUGUGUUCGUGUGCUCCUUCGAGCCCUGCCCCCACAGCGUGGACUGCUUCGUAUCACGGCCCACAGAGAAGACCAUCUUCCUGCGCAUCAUGUACGGUGUCACGGUGCUCUGCCUCACCCUCAACGUGUGGGAAAUGCUGCACCUGGGCAUCGGGACCAUCUGUGACAUCCUCCGCCGUCGCCGCUGCCCGCCCCAGGAGGACGAGUACCAGCUGGGGCUGCUGGGACCCAGCGUGGGGGUCUCCGUGGGGGUGCCCGGGCCGGAGCUGGGCGCAGGGGGAGGGGUGGUGGGGGAUGGGGGUGCUGAGUAUGUGGGGUACCCGUUCUCGUGGAACGCCCCGUCAGCUCCACCAGGCUACAACAUCGUGGUGAAGCCGGAACAGAUCCCUUACACUGACUUGAGCAACGCCAAGAUGGCGUGCAAGCAGAACCGGGCCAACAUCGCCCAGGAGGAGCAGCAGCAGUUUGGAAGCAACGAGGACAAUUUCCCCACGGGAGGGGAGGUCCGCGUGGCCCUCAACAAGGACAUGAUCCUGCAUGCCCAUGACCAGCUAGAGGCAGCCAUCCAGGCCUACAGCCAGCACCACAGGGCAGAGGAACACCUGGGGGACAACCAUGAUGACAAGCCCCAAAGCAACAUCACCCAGGCACAGCCUCAGCCUCACAAGGAGCGCAAGCACCGCUUCAAACACGGCAAGGGUGGCAGCGGUGGAGAAGGGACUGGAAGCAGCAGCAACAGCAGUAGUAGCAAGUCAGGGGUGGGCAAGCCUUCUGUGUGGAUUUGACCCCAUACACACACAAAUAGACAAACAGACACACACACACUCCAGCCCUGGCCUGAGCCAGCACUGACGGAGCCCCAUAUCCGUGUAGUGUAUGUGUCAGUGAGGGAAGGGGUGGUCCCAAAAAUGCCAGCGCCAGCCCUGAAUGGAGGGCUGAGGUAGUGGGAUGUCAUGCUGUCUUUCUGUGGAUAUUUCAACACCAUGUUGUGCCUUUAAAAAUCCCACAAGCUGGAGGAGACUAGCCUACAGUAGUAAUAUGUCAGUGUGGACAGGUGAGGAGAGGUGUGUCAAGAGCACUAGGGAUUUUUCAGCAGGCAGUUGUGUGUCUGGGUUGUCGCUGUCUAACCUACAAGACCCCAACACAACUCUCUGAAACAGUCUCUAGUAUUUCUGAACUCUUCCAGUUCUGAAGCAGACACUUGUUCUCUGUUGUUUCCCUACUGUCCCGUCUUCCAGUAGCCUGACGACUCACACUAAAUUAUUCUGUAGUUCGCUGCAUACUUUAGUCUGAGCCUGCCAUUAUUGAAGUCGUUUGUGGUGACGAAGGGCACGUGGGGCAUUGUACAAACAAAGUCAUUAGCGAUUGGAUCGUCUCUAACCAAUCAGAGUCCAUGAGGAAUUUUCAAACUGAAUGUGUUGGCAUUCGGUGAAGGGUUGGGUAGGUACUCAGAUCCAGACUCAUUGAGGAGAAGAAACUAAAGUCUGUGGGUGUGGUGUCGCGUUUGGCCGGAGCAAGGAUUCUGGGCAGCCAGACAAGUCUUCCAGAGGAUAUUGGGCUGAGAAAAUUACUAAAUCGUUAUCACCAUCUCUUUUUUGGGAUUUCUGAUCCAUUUAUUUAUAUCCCGUCCAUUCUCUUGGUGAUCCUGAUUUCCAUGUCACAUUUUGAUCAAGAUAAUCUGCUGGCUGACUUUCUGCAAAGUCACAGACUUCAUAAUACAUUGGCAUCAGAAUGAAUGGACAUCAUAAUGCAAUGACAUUGCAAUACAAAAGACCGUAUAAAACAAUGACUUUUAAUGCAAUGACAUCAUAAUGCAAUGAAUGACAUUGUAAUACAAGGGCAGUAUAAAACAACGACUGUAUAAUGCAAUGACAUCAUAAUGCAAUGAAUGACAUCAUAAUACAAAGACAGUAUAAAACAAUUACUUUUAAUGCAAUGACAUCAUAAUGCAAUGACUUCCUAAUGCAGGGAUAAUAUUGAAAAGGUCAAUCACAAUGUAGAUGUUCAAAUUCCCUGAAGGCUAUUGUCUGUCUAUUUUCUCUCCAAGGUCACUGAUGUUUAAUGUGUGUGUGACUUUAUAUUUGACCCAGGCCAAGUCUUUGAGUGCAUGUAUCUUCCAGGUGGAGGGACUGAUCAUGGCUUGAUCAGAUGAAAGUGGUCAGGGAGAUGGUUGAUGGAGACAGUCUGGUGAAGAGGGCUACUCUCGUAGCCACUGGAGUUCUCCUCCUUCACAAUGUGUAUGAGAAGCAAUUAUUCUCACCAUUAAUUAUUACCAUUUAUUGACAACUCCCUGUGUAAACCUGCACUCUUUUCACUUUAUUUUCUCUGUGUUUCUCUGUCACUAGUUCUCUCCAUUUUGGACCUGUGUAAGGUUUUCUCAGUACUGGGUUGACAUUUUAUCUGUCUGGUUAUUGAGUGCCCCCUGGUGGUACAGCUUUUAAACUAAGGAUUUAUCAUCCCGUUAGUACAAUAUUACUUACUUUAAUUUGGUAUCUUCCUAGUACUUACUAAUUUCGAGUUACCAAUGAUCACCCAACAUUCCAAACACCUGAAGUUAGUCUCUUCAGUUACACAGGAGCCCACUGUUUCCUUUUCAACCUCUUCCUUCCAAGAGCCUUCCUCACAGUGUUCAAUAUGAGACCAACAAGGCUGGAAUAAAAACAGCUCUCCAAGCUAGCCGUGUUGAUGAAGAUCUGCCUCUCUGUUCUCCUCCGUCCAAGUAUUUCUCUGAACUGCCAUAUAGGCUGUGUCCCAAAUAGCGCCCUACUCCCUAUGGGCCCUGGUCAAAAGUACUGCAAUAUAUAGGGAAUAGGGUGCCAUUUGGGAUGAAGCUAUAGAGACCAAACACUGUUAGUGUGAUGACGGCAGCGUCACUGCCAUUGCCAAGACAACGUUAGGCUACUAUGCAGCCAGGUUGUCAUGUAGCUUUGCUAAGGAAUACUGUGGCCAUGCUACCUGAAUCACAAAGGAGAAGAACCUGUGUGCUGUAUGUAAGACCAAUCCUUUGUAUUUUUUUGUAAAAGUCGCUCUGUUUUCUAUUAUGUGUAAGUGUGUUUUGGUGUUUUGGGAGGUCUAAUGUAGCAGAAGUUAAAUUGGUUUCCGUUUUCUUUUUUUUGACCAGUGGUGUUUUUCAAACAAAACUUUUUUUUUUCUUCAAUAAAGAUUUUU